AUGCCUCGCCUCGUACGCCGCCGUCCACUGGCAGAGCGCAUCCGCGCCUACUUGGACCCAUGGGACUUUUUCCUUUGGGUGUCCGAAGAGAUUGAAUGUCAUGACUGGGACGAGAUGAAUAAAGACUGGGGAUUGGCAAUGGGAAUAUUUCUUAACCUGGUUUUCCUCGUCGCUCGCGCGAACAGCCGCUCAAGUGGCAGCAAAGCGAUCGACGAUGUGUUUGGGGAAGACGAAGGCGUGCCCUGGCUCAGUUGGUUUGCAUCGUCUAUCGUCCUUGUCCUGAGCAUCUUUUCCGGGCUCAACGCCUUUUAUACUUUCUAUCGCAAGCGACACUAUCGAAUGUUCGAAAAUUCGAUCGACAAGGCUCCAGCCACACCAUCUGCGCGUCGCGUGCGAGUUGAUUCAAACCCUUUGUCUGCAUCGCCCCUUAGAUACUUGGCCAACGCCCUGUCCGGCGAGUCCGCUCAAUCGAGAGCUCACCCCGAUGCGCAACGCGAUGUAUGGGAGCUUGCGAUAUGGGACCCAAUUUCAAUAAGCGUCCGCUUGUUUUGCUUGUUCAGCCCGGGACAUGUGUUGGUCUACCUGCACUUUUUACCGGCCCAACUGUCCGAUCCUCGGCCUAGCAUGACAGUCGUGACGACCAUCUUCUUGACUAUACUCCUGUCGGUCCAGAUGUCCUUCCUAUCAUCAUCAUACACACAACAAGCGAAGGAUUCGACACUGGUUCAGAAAGAGGUAUUCAGGGAAUACGAAACUAAAUUCGUCCACCCCAGGACACGACCUCUCAUGAGAGAUGUCGGGAUACAGUUUUCCGAGGAAAUUGCCGCCGCAGGAGAUUCCCCGAACAAGGUGGAAACCUAUACGCCGACUUUCAUAAUCAACCAUGGCUUCAAGACCAGUCCCAACCCGAACUAUCACAGCCACGUCGACCCUGACGGGGUCUCGCCUCGACGCCCUGUCCCUACGUCUACACCGAGUACCUCGUCGAUAUUCCAAACCCAGCCAUCCUUACACACGCCCGCUGUGUCACGAGAUGGUUCUCCUUUGGUACGGACAGCGGGCACGAGUAUGCGACAGCCGCAAUUCCGACCUACCUCGACGAGCACCGGUGAUGGCGGUAGCCUGGGGGUCUACUCCCAUGCCAACUCUCCUUUGAGAAAGUCAGCAUCGACUGCGUUUGAGCGCCGUGUCCAUAAUCACGGUGAUUUCAUCUACAAAGAGCGAGGCACCACCCCUUUGAGGAAAGGUUCAAGCCCACUCAAGCGCAGCAGCCUCGCGACACCCCUUGGUUCAGCAACGGACGUUAGUAGAUCGAGUAACCUCGGCACUCGUCGCGAAACGGGUCGAUUCUAA